AUGGAUCCUGCCACGUCUCGGCCCGCUGUAGUUAUCGAUAAUGGCACGGGGUAUACUAAAAUAGGUUUUGCUGGAAAUGUUGAGCCAUGUUUCAUAGUCCCAACAGUAGUUGCUGCGAACGAGUCAUUUGUCAACCAGCCUCGAGUUAGUUCUGCGAAGAGCAGCAAUUGGUCAGCACAGUAUAAUGCCGGUGUGAUGGCAGAUCUGGAUUUUUAUAUAGGGGAAGAGGCAUUCACUAGAUCAAAGUCGAACAGCAAUUACAAUUUGAAAUAUCCAAUUAAGCAUGGCCAGGUCGAUGAUUGGGAUGCAAUGGAAAAGUUCUGGCAGCAGUGUAUAUUUAACUAUCUGCGCUGCGAUCCAGAGGAUCAUUACUUUUUAUUGACAGAGAGCCCAUUGACUGCACCAGAGAGCCGGGAGUAUAUGGGUGAGAUUAUGUUUGAGACAUUUAAUGUUGCAGGACUCUACAUGGCGGUGCAGCCCGUUCUAGCUCUGGCUGCUGGUUACACCACUUCCAAGUGUGAGAUGACAGGGGUUGUGGUGGAUGUUGGUGAUGGGGCUACUCAUGUUGUACCCGUUGCAGAGGGCUAUGUCAUUGGAAGCAGCAUUAAGUCGAUUCCUAUUGCUGGCAAUGAUGUCACUCACUUUGUCCAGCAGCUCAUGCAAGAAAGAGGGGAGCAUGUUCCACCCGAGCAGUCCUUUGAAGUAGCACGGAAAGUCAAGGAAACAUAUUGCUACACUUGUUCUGAUAUUGUCAAGGAGUUCAAUAAGCAUGACAAAGAACCAGCAAAAUAUAUUAAGCAAUGGAGAGGUACUAAGCCGAAGACCGGGGCCCCAUAUUCUUGUGAUAUUGGCUAUGAACGGUUUCUCGGACCCGAGGUCUUUUUCAACCCUGAGAUUUACCAGAGUGAUUUUGCCACCCCCUUACCAGCCGUGAUAGAUAAAUGUAUCCAGUCCGCUCCAAUAGAUACGAGACGAGCUUUAUAUAAGAAUAUUGUAUUAUCUGGAGGAUCAACCAUGUUCAAAGAUUUCCACCGGAGGUUACAACGGGAGCUGAAAAAGAUUGUUGAUGCUCGGAUUCUUGCACAUGAUGCUCAGCUUGGUGGAGAAAUUAAAGCACAACCAGUGGAAGUGAAUGUUGUCAGCCACCCUAUCCAGAGAUAUGCAGUUUGGUUUGGAGGCUCUGUACUUGCAUCAACUCCCGAGUUUUUUACGGCUUGCCAUACAAAGGCAGAGUAUGAGGAAUAUGGAGCUAGCAUAUGUCGUACAAACCCUAUUUUCAAAGGAAUGUAUUGA